CUGUCUCUGUGUGUGCGUGCGUGUGUGUGUGUGUGUGUGUGCGUGUACAUGUACGUGACACGUCUGCCACUUCUAAGUCCCAGAGCAGACACAGCAGCUCCUCUGUCAUCUCCUCUCAGCUCCUCUCUCCAGCCUCCUUACAGCAGCUCCUCAUCAUGAUCCGUGUUAUGUUGGAACAUGCCAAGAAGCAUCCAGGGCUCAUUCCUCAGUUCUUCUUCAUCCUCCUGGGCAUGGGAGGGGCUUCCUUCUAUCUCUUCCGACUGGCAAAGGGACCUCACGUCACCUGGAGACAUGAGAGUAACCCAGAGCCUUGGAACAACCUCAGCCCUUCCUAUCAGUACAAGUUUGUAGCGAUCAACACAGACUACAAGAACCUCAAAAAGGAGGGGCCAGACUUCUAAACACUCCGCCCGUCUCCAUGGAAACGACCCACUGUCUCCUCUCUGCUCUCCGAUUGGCUGUCAUGACCUGCUGCAUGAUCACAAGCAGGAAAUGACCUUGUGAUCAUCUCCAUCUGACUGGACCCCUGAACCACCGACCCAACCCACUGACCCAACUCACUCCCCACCGACCCAUCUUAUCACCCACUGACCCAACUCAACCCCCACCGAUCCAACUUAUCGCCUACUGACCCAACUCAACCCCAACCGACCCAACUUAUCGCCUACUGACCCAAAUCACCGGCCACUGACCAAACUCAACCCCAACCAAUCCAACUUACCCCCUACUGACCCAAAUCACCGGCCACUGACCCAACUCACUCCUGCAGACCAGGUCCAUUUCAGUCUGUCAAUUCCAUCAUAUUACAGUAAUAAACAUGCUUAUCUGAUGUGGCCCUGAUGUGGCCCUGAUGUGGCCCUGAUGUGGCUCUGAUCCUGUUCAGCCCAGAUCGAUACCUGAGCUCCUGCUCCUGCUACUGCUACUGUCUGUGUGUGUGUGUGUGUGUGUGUGUGUGUGUGUGUGUGUGUGUGUGUGUGUGGUAUACAGAGUCAAUGUUGCCUGGUGUUUAAAUGUAUCCUGUGGAAAUCUCCACCCUAAUAAAAACAUCAGCCUGA